GAGAUUCAUUCUCCGAAGCUAGGUAUUCCAGGGCAUAUUGUACGGGACGGUUCUGAAUUUCAUGUGGUAUUGACCACAUAUAGCUGUAGACGGUCUGGUCGUUCCGAUUUGAUUGCGGGCGAUCCUUGUGAAAGAUCGUUUUGGAACGGGUUGGUGCCUAUGAAUAUGUUCCUCACUAAUGAGUCUCGAGAUAUGUUGGCUUCCACAUAG